AUGGCCGGUUGUUUCGCGCCUAACCCUAAGACGGCGAUGGAGGCUGGUCCCCUUCUCUUCGUUCCACAGAUACUCUUUGCUGGCUUCUUUGUUGAUCUAAGUGAGGUACCAGCCUUCCUACGAUGGGUGCAGUAUCUCUGCUCGUUGAAAUAUGCUAUGAAUUUACUAUUCCUUGCAGAGUUCUCAGAUCAGCCUGGGGGGCGAAAUCGACAACUUGUUGUAAAUACAACAAUUCUAUACCGGCCGAGCCGUCCCUCUGGAUAUCGUUACAAACUCGUUGAAGUUCUGAAGAAGCUGAAUGCCGAUGGGCGCUGCAUCGUGGCAACUAUACAUCAGCCGAGUAGUGAAGUCUUCCACCUCUUCGAUGAAGUCCUCUUCUUAUGGGAGGGCUACUGCAUUUAUCAUGGCCCAGUUGAUGAGGUGGAGGCCUAUUUCGCUGGCCUUGGUCACCCUGUCCCCGAGUCCUUCAACCCAGCAGACUUCGUGCUCUUCCUUAUACAGACCUUGGAUGCCGAGGAGCUGAGGCUGAGAAAACGCAACAUGUUUUCCGACACUACUGCAUAG